AUUUAAAUUAUUUGCACCGCUCAUAGUUAAUAACCUAUGGAUUUAAAUACCAAAAUUAUUAAAGGCGUUAGACAAUUUCCAUCUUUAUAUGAUAACAAAGGUAACUUGGAGGAAAGGAAUCAAGCAUGGAUGAAAUUGGCAGAUAAAUUAAAAAUGCACGAAGUAAAUUUAAAAAUUCGUUGGCAUAGUCUAGUGCAAGGAUAUCAACGUAAUACAAAUUUUAAAUAUGCAAAUGACAUGCGUUUUGUACAACGUAUUACCGAAGAGGAUAGUUGGCCGGAAUUUAUCAUAACUGAAGAUGAUUUAAAAGACGCUAAACCUGAACGAGAACGAGAAGAAUUUGUGUUCUUAGAAUUGGUUGAAGAAGAGAACAAGACUAAAGACUUGCCACAAGAAUCAGCUAAAGAAAAAGAAAGCCAUUAUAAAGAAAAACCAAAACAGUUAGAGGAAAUUUCCAGUCCAGAGAUUCAAAACAAACACAAAUCUGACUCUAAAAUUAUUGUGCAAAAGAUUGAGCCGUCAAAUAAAACACUAAAUGAAGUUUUAGAUGAAACUGUAACAGAUAAAGCAGAGGAGAGUGCCAUUGCCACAACUUCAAAAGUGGAAAAGAAGAUGGCCGUAGUUGACGUGAACAAAAUUGAGGAACCCUGCAUUAAGGAAUCUAAAGAGUUGAAAAUUGAAAAGGCACAGCCCGUACCUAUUGAACGUUGUGAAGAUGCAAUAUUUGGUGAACUGGUAUCAGCGAUGCUAAAACGUAUGGAGGAAAAUAAGAAAAAGAAUAUUAAGAAAGAAAUAAUGAAUCUUUUAUUUUCGUAAGUACCUAUAGCAAAUCUUGAUUUCAGGAGUGCGUUAUUGUAAAACUGUUGGAAAUAAAAUACAUACAUACAAAUAAAAAAAAUAUACGAAAAGUA